AGCGCGCUGAGCGCCUCAUUCUAUCCCACAGGAUACAGGAGAGCUGCGCGUAAUAUUAGAUCAUCACUCACAGAGUGUAGUCUAGCGUGCAGGAGGGGAUGGGGGAGGACAGAGGGGUUUGCAUGAGAGAACUGAAUCAAUAAACUGCUGCGGAGCUAUUAUAUUUGACUGCAACAACUGAGUGACUAUAUGUCACAUUGGUGCUGCGCAUUUGCACACAAGCCCAUGGAAUACAGUCCUGUCGGACAGUUUGAUGAGAAGUCACUGGUCCUGUAGCGCUCACCCAUCACUGCCACAGAAUUACGUUUCAUAGAAGCUGCAAUCGAGACCCGCAGUUGCCUGCCAUGGGUGCUAUUUUGGCUUUGAUUCUGGCGACCUGUUUGAGCGGAGUUUGGGGAUGCCAGUUGCCCCAUGACUGGAGACCACAGACGGAGGCGUGCCGCGCGGAGCUCGCAGAGAUUAUCGUUUUUGCCAAGGUGCUUGCGUUGCACAAGGACUCAUACAGUGUGUACAACUACUUACCUUGGCAGUAUGACACAGACCUCUUCUUCUCUGCCGAGAUCGAGCUGCAAUGCGACCAGGCGUGGGGCAGCAUGCUGGAGGUCCCUGCUGGUUCCCGGUUCAAUGUCACCGGGCUGGGCUACUUCCCCUGUUACUCCUAUAGCGCAGUGGAGAACAACUCUUACUAUUUCUUUUUGAGGAUGGAUGAGAACUACAGCAUUAUCCCCCACGGGGUUAACUUCCAAGACCCAAUCUUCCCAGACACACCUGAGAACCACCGCAUGUUCGCCAGCCUCUUCCAGUUCUCCAACUGCACGGCCGGAACCAUGGUCCACAGCUACACCCCAGAGUGGGAGGCUCAGGAGGACAGCCGGCUGCUGUGUUCAACGGUGCAGAAGGCCCUGUUUGAGGAGGAGGAGAGGGUGAAGACUCUCUCCCAGAAGGUGCGAUCUUUGGAGAAGGCCAACAGCCACCUGCGGGACAAGGUGAAGAACAUGAAGCGCCUCCUACGCCAGGCCAAACGAGACACUAAGGACCAGCAGACCCUCCCCCUGAAACAGCUGCACCACGCCAAGCCCUCCCACCCACACCAAGACACCACACAGGACCAGAAGAGACCCGCACUCAAAAAGAUCCUCACCAAGAUGAUAAAAAACUGAACCCUAACCAGCCACCACCACCACCUGUUGCACUGCAGACAUGAACAGGCGGUAUAAAAGGACAUAAGGAUUGUAUAGUAUGUGACAUCAGGGGAAAGAUAGGUAUGCUAAAGAUAGGUACUGUAUGUAAUACUGUAUCAUGUCACAAGUUAAGGAGAUAGAGGAUUUGCAUACCCUUAAUGUGAUGCAGACUAGUCACACCUUUAGAAGAAAGUGCUUUGAGCAAAUCAAAAAUGUUUUGUAUUCUUCAGAAUUUUCGUAUUUUUCCGUACAUUAAUAAAAUGCUAUAGAAUAGUCUUCAACA